UCCAGCUGCAAAUCAUCGCACUCGCGCGCACAUAUACCUACCUGCGUCGCAAUUAAGAACCGUGUUCAGAUGGUGACGACGAUGGGGCACGUGGUGGCGCUGCUCUCCGCGGCUCUCUCCGGCGGCGCGGUCGGUAAGGUGGCGGAGGAGCAAUGCCGCCGCUGCAGUCGGCACGACGACCACCACCACUUGACGUCCGCGGGCUGCUGCGUGUGCAUAUCGAGGUUCCGCGACGGGGAGGAGAUACGGCGGCUGCCGUGCGGCCACGCGUUCCACCGGGUCUGCGUCGACCGGUGGCUGGCGCUGUGCCGGCGGACGUGCCCGCUUUGCCGCCUGCACGUUGGCGGCGUGGCGAUGGUGGCGGUGGACGAGCACCAGCUCAGCGACGAUCUUGCCGUCUGGUUCUCUUCUCUAUUUGUCGCCGGAUUGUAGGAUGUUAAUUACUCCACCGUGUAGCAUAUCAUCCACACUGCUAGCUGCUGCUGCCACUGCCGGCUGUGUGCAUUGCAGGGCACCUCAUAAUUAAUGGGCUUCUUCGAUUUGAUGUUCUCUCA